CCUUUUGGUCAGAGAGUGGUCAAGACCGAUAGUUCGUAACGAUCAACCGUGAUAUAAUCACAUCGCAAGCUACAUCCUCUAAUUGUAUCGCGAAAUAACUUCAUCAUGAAAGUGACGAAUACGUGCAUUGUUCUAUGCGUCGCACUGGCAUGUCUCGCGUGCGAGGGAUCGGCGCAGCAAAAUUGGUGGGAAAGAGGACCCGACGGAUCACCGAUGAUCGGAAGUUCGAGAACAACCUCGAGACCAACGAACGGCGGAUCUACCAGCGGUACUCCGGCACCCGCGAUGAUGCCCACCAAUUGUCCAUGUCCCGUGACACCGGAAUAUAAUCCAGUUUGCGGCGACCUAGGAGGCAACAAUAGACUCACUUAUACGAAUCCGGGCUUGCUGACUUGCGCGCAAAAUUGCGGACAAAACGUUCGGUUGCUCUUCCAUGGCCGUUGCGAGAAGGUUGCAUAAAAAGUGAAUGAACUUUAUCACCGAGUAAAAUUAGAUCGCCGUCAAGCAGGAAACAACAACGUAAUACUUCAUGUUUAUUUAUGCAAUUGAUUAUUCAUCUCCAGAUGGAGUAAUCGAAUAUCGACUAAAUGUAUACUACGUGCCAUAGCGUGAGAAAAUUUUCUUCGCGAAGACAAAAAAAAAAACAAAACAGAAACAAAUGAUAACUAAUUUUAUUUUGUAUUAAGAAUGAAUAAAUUUAUUGAUUUUUGAAUAA